AUGUCCAUCAUCAAGUCGAUCCUGGAAUGCCUCUGGGGACCAUCACCCGACGUCUACCAGACCGAUGCGCGCACUUCCGCUGUUGCGUCAGACAUUGUCAAUAUCCUCCUGACCGGUGAAACCCCCGAGGCCAUUCGGAAAGGAGUGAAAGAACAAGUCGAUGCCAACGGGUGGAGCGAUUCCAUCGCCCAAGCUAUCCUCCAUGGCCUCAACGACGCUAUCAAAGCCGGAGCGGAAAUGGCCGGCCCUGCUGCCGAUGCUCUGAACAAAGCCAAUGCAGCUGCAGUGGAUUUUGCCAAAGAGCACCCGGUUUUUACGACCCUGCUUGCUUUAGGGGUGCUGGCGGCAUUAGCACCGUGGGUGCUCGAAGUCUUGGGAUUCGGGGAGUUGGGACCAAUUGCUGGGUCUUUCGCAGCGAGAUGGCAAGCAGCAUAUGCUGGCUAUGUGCCUCGAGGUGCACUAUUUACGUACUUCCAACGGUUGGGGAUGAAGUGGCAUUGGGUGGGUUAA